UCUUCCCUAGGAACGUGUACAAGGAUCUCCGUCAGAUCGAGCUGGCCUGUGAUUCCCAGGAAGACGUGGACAGCUGGAAAGCCUCCUUCCUCCGAGCGGGAGUUUACCCAGAGAAAGACCAAACGGAGAGCGAGGACGGCGCCCAGGAGAACACCUUCUCCAUGGACCCUCAGCUGGAGCGCCAGGUGGAGACCAUCCGCAACCUCGUCGACUCCUACGUCGGCAUCAUCAACAAGUCCAUCCGGGACCUCAUGCCAAAGACCAUAAUGCACCUCAUGAUCAACAAUGUGAGUGGCUGCGCCGGGGGCGGAGGGAAGGCGGCCUCCGGGGACGCCCAUUUCGGGGUUCUCCGGGCGGCAGAGGAGUCCCAGGCCCCCCUCGGCAUCAGGAGUUGGGUGGGACGGAGCCCAAGAGCGGGAUUUGAGCGUUGGAUCCCUAAUUUUGAUGUCGGAAUCAGGAGUUGGGUGGGCCACGGGAUUUGAGCUUUGGAUCCCUAAUUUUGGUGUCGGCAUCGGGAGUCGGGUGGGCUGUGACACCGAGACAGAGCCCAAGAGCGGGAUUUGAGCUUUGGAUCCCUCAUUUUGGUGUUGGCAUCGGGAGUUGGGUGGGCCGCGGUGCUGAGCCGGAUCCCAAGAGCGGGAUUUGAGCUUUGGAUCCCUCAUUUUGAUGUCAGUGUUGGGAGUCGGGUGGGUUGCAAUGCCGAGCCAGAGUCCAACAGCAGGAUUUGAGCUUUGGAUCCCAUCAAUGGGAUUUGAGCUUUGGAUCCCUCAUUUUGAUGUCGGUGUUGGGAGUCGGGUGGGCUGCGAAGCUGAGCCAGAGCCUGAGUGGGAUUUGAGCU